AUGCUUACCGACGAGCCCCCCGCGGGGACCCUCGGCAGCCAAGCUACUGAGCGCUCACUGGCAGCCACAAAUGUGGACGGUGGAUUUGAAAUCGUGCCAACCGCUGCACAAGAGCAUCACACAAGCUCAGCAUUACACUUUUUUCCUUCGAUUAGUGGCAUUUUUUUAAAAAUCCUGGUUCUCCUUUCUUCUCUGUGUCAUCUUCCAACAUGUGCUCUCUCGUUCUUCAACCUUAGUUUUAUCUCUAAGUCAGAAUCGUCAACAAGCCAGUCAUCUAAUAGAAAAAAUGUAGAAGACUUCACUGGACCUAGAGAAAGAAGUGAUCUGGGAUUCAUUACAUUUGAUAUAACUGCUGAUCUAGAAAAUAUAUUUGAUUGGAAUGUUAAGCAGUUGUUUCUUUAUUUAUCAGCAGAAUAUUCAACAAAAAAUAAUGCUCUGAACCAAGUUGUCCUUUGGGACAAGAUUGUUCUGCGAGGUGAUAAUCCGAAGCUGCUGUUGAAAGAUAUGAAAACAAAGUAUUUUUUCUUUGACGAUGGAAAUGGUCUCAAGGGAAACAGGAAUGUCACUUUAACCCUAUCCUGGAAUGUUGUACCAAAUGCUGGAAUCCUACCUCUUGUGACAGGAUCAGGACAUGUAUCUGUCCCGUUUCCAGAUACAUAUGAAAUAACGAAGAGUUAUUAAAUUAUUCUGAAUUUGAAACAGCAUAUUUUUAUACCUAAUGAAUCCUAUCUCAUUUAUCUCUUCCCUUGCAUCUUCAUUUGUUUGGGGUUGGUACUUUUUUGGGGGGAGGGGGUAAGAAUGAAUGUCAAAAGGUGUAUUUGAAGGGAAAGGUUAAUGUGCAACUUAAACUUAAUUUUAAAAACAAAAACAAAGGCCACCAGAGUGAAGUAUUACAGGAAUAAGACAACCACAUAAUAAGGACGUGUAAAAUAUUGAUGUUUGAAGUGUUCCCUGUAUUUCCAUGAUUCCUUAUGGAAUAUGAAGUGAGCAUGAAGGGUACUUACAGCUUUCAGGUGCCUGUGGAGUUGUAAGAACUCUGAUUAUGCCUUGCAUUUAUGCAAGUUCACAUUGGAUGUGAUUUAGAAGCAUUCUCUUUUAUCUCUUUUUGGGUAUAUCUGAAUACUGGAAAAAUUAAGACAGUUGGUGAGAAGCCUGGUCUACAAAGUAGCCAAAAGUGAUGGAAUUUUAUUCCAUUUGUCUUAGAAAUGCCCACAGUGCUUGUUUUUCCUACAGGUGACUAGCAGCUUUCUCCACUAAAGACUAAAUACCUCUUUGUAUGCUGUAAAUCAUUCUAAAUCAUUGUAAAGUCUCUUAAGUUAACCAGAUGUUUGUCUUUCAGUGCUUUCUCUAAAAAAGGUUCCUUGGUAUUAUA